AGUAAUAGCCUUCGUGCUUUAAAGAAAUUAGCAGGGGCGAAAAUGGAACAUAACUCUUUGAAUAUGGGGGAUGGUAUUCUAUCUAAUGAGGACUUCCAAAGAAUCAAAGAACUGAAGGCUAAAAAGGAUGCGAGGACUGUUUUAGCACAACAUGGAUUUAAGAUUCCCAGCUCAGACCAGCUUAGUACUAAAAGAGUUGAUGCUGCUAAACUUGAGGCCAACAUACGAAAGAAGCUUAGCAAGGAAGAGAGACUGGCGAUUAUUAGGGCUGGCAGAGAGGAUAGAGGGAGAUACCAGGCUAAAACAGCUCUGAAAAAGAAAAAGACGGGUGGUUCAAGCAAUAGGCAAAAAGAGAGCAAAAAACGCAUGCCAUCCGCGGCAAAGAAAGCCAAGGUAGCAAGAUCUAAGAUAGACAAAAAGAGGAAACAACAACGCGCUGGCAAACAAUUUCGAGGGAGAAAAGCUUGGAAGUAAAGUGAAGGCUAGUCAUCUUCUUUUCAAUUUUGUCAAAAGAAAAAGCAGAGAAGCAGAAAAUGUACUUGCUCUAUUAUUGGUGUAAUUUUAUUUGAUUGUGCAAUUUUGAUCCUAAUUUAUUGUAGACAAAAAAUAAUGUCAGAGUAAAUUUUUAUUUGAAAGAGCAGAGCGAUUUUCUCUCUUUGCCUGUACAACUUU